UAGAGAGACAAGUUGUGAGAUACAUUCCCGCUCUGGUUGUUGAAGUGCUCAGAUCGUUGACUUGUAAUUUUAGGUUAAACCUCUGUGCAUACGUCCAGAUCAAUUACUCUGGUAGUGGUAACUACUUUGUGUAUAACUAUUUGUCUAACAUCACACUGACCUCUAACUCAAACUAGAAAUAUUUAAUACUUUAUAUAUUUUGUAAAUAUCUUAACAUAUAAGCUAUUAACUUUGAGCCUGUUCAGGCUGGACCUGUCAUGUCGACAGGUUCAGCCUCGCCUAUGGAAGCUCAUGUCGAGAGCGACAUGGAAAUACAAAAGGCAGUAAGUACUAUUUUGCCCACAGAUCAUGACUAUUCUAACCUAAAUCUAAAUAACAGGGGAAACAAAAGGGUACAAGAAAAUAAUGACACAGAUGGUUCAGAACAAAUUCAAUCUACCAAUGAUUUUAAUCCACCAUUACUUAAAAAGCCUUACAUACAACGUCUCUAUAAACCUGAAAAUUCAGGGCCUUUUGAGGUAAUCAUACAGGAUAAAAAAAAGAACAAAAUAAACCCAUUUACAGUAGGAAAAAUACUUAAAAAACAUCAUAUGGACAUUGACCACAUUACACGAGCUGGUAAGAAUAUAUCUGUUAUUUGUAAAAACUAUAUAGCAGCCAAUAAUUUAGUAAAUUCACCACAUCUGUUAGAAUUUAAUGUAUUUGUACCCUCAAUUAGAGUACACACUCUCGGUGUAGUCUAUGCAGAGCCCGAGGUAAGUGAAUUAGAAAUUUUAUCUGAGGCAUCGUCAAUAUACCCAAUCAUUCAGGCUGAAAGAAUCAGACGUAGAGUGAAUGGUAAUGACCAACUCACUAACACUCAUUUUGUUAAAAUAACCUUCGAGUCUGAAAAAUUACCAGAUUUUGUGUACCUUAAUUAUGUUCGUAUGAAGGUAGACCCCUAUAUGAUUAGAGUGAAACAAUGUUAUCGUUGUUUUGCCUAUGGACACGUAGCUAACUCACCUUGUAAUAAACCUAGAAUAUGUAGGGACUGUGCUGGACCCUUCCACACAGAUCCUUGUCAGGCUCCCCGCAAGUGUGUUCACUGCGGUGAUUCACAUAGCAGUAACUCUAAAUAUUGCCCAGAGUAUAUAAGGCAAAAAAAUAUUAAAGAUCGGAUGAGUCUCAUGAAAGAAGGUUAUCAUGUGGCAGCACAGUAUUUUCCUAUUACUUAUAAAAAACAAGGUAAACCAUCUCGAUUACUAGGCCUAUCUUAUUCACAGGUCGCCCAAUUAGACUUCACUGAUGAUGAAAUCUACCCAACACUACCAAGCUCACAGGCAUCAACACCUAUCAGUCAAUUAAAUGUAAGUAAUAGGUAUACACCACUGCUUGCAGUCUCAGAACCAAGUUCAUCCCCCCAGCAACCGUUUUCGUCACAAUUUAAGGUUAGUAGAACUAGCUAUCGUAGGCCCAUAAGAAAUAGUAUUUUAUAUAAACCUAAAGAAAUAAGUAGGCCUAUUGUUGAUAAAACCAAUUCGCCUACCAAACCAGCUCAGGAUGAUAAACUUAGUGUUCAAGAUAAGUCCCACCUCACAUCACUCCUAAAAAUAAAAAUUGAGGAAAUCAGAAAUAAAUUGAACUCUACAAACAUUACCAAUCUCAAACAAGUUGAUGAAAUUUUACUAAGCUAUUUAAAGACUGGUACAACAGUUCAACAGAAAAUAAAUUCACCAAAUAUCAAAAUAAAAUCUACUCCCGGAACAUCGCCAAGCAACAAACAGUUAGGCCUAUCUCAACAAACGAAAUUAGUUAAUAAGAAUGGUAACAAAUAAACUUAACAUAGUACAGUGGAAUGCAAGGUCUCUUAAGCCUAAAUGGCCUGAGGUCAUGCAUUUAUUUACAAAAAAGGAGAUCCACAUAGGUAUUAUCCAAGAAUCUUGGUUACAAAAAAAUGAUAACCUAUUAGAUAAUAAUUACAUUGUACAUAACCUUAACAGACCUGAUGGAUAUGGAGGAACCUCCUUUAUUAUACAUAAGUCAAUUUCAUAUAAUGUUGUUACAGAAUAUAACGAUAACUAUACACAAAUGCAAGCAAUACAGAUGACAUUGUUUUAUACUCCUCUGGAAAACAUAUCGAGACAGUCUACACAAACAUGCAACACACUCUCAGCACAGUACAAUCAAACUUCAGUCAACUCCAUCUGGAAUUCAAUGCAACCAAAAGUAAGAUGAUUUCAAAGCCUACCAACGGAGAAAAUCUGCAGCAGAAAAUGAACAGGAGUACCAACUAUCACAAAAAGCGCAAUGGUAUAAACAAAUUCAGACAACGACUAUUCAUAAUCGAUGGUAUAGUACUGCAGACUUCAACAGAAGGGAAAUGGUAAAUAUUAUUAGAUUAAGGUUUGGACAUGCCAAGGUAAACGCUAGACUAUAUGAUAUUAAAAAAUAUUUCACACCAUUGUGUCUAAGCUGCACUCAAGCUCAACGCGAAACACUAGACCAUGUAAUUUUACAAUGCCCAGCCUACGAAUAUGCAAGAGAUCGGUGCUUUAAGGUAAUUAAAAAUUUAACAUCAAUAACUAAUAUUAACUUAACGUAUUUAACGAAAUUAGAAGACAUAAAAGUAUAUAAAGAAAUAAAUAACUUCCUCAUGACCAUAAACAAAUACAUUUAAUAAUAAAUCAACAAAACACAAUACAUAUAUGUAUCCUGGUUUUGGCCUUUAUAUCCGUGGUCCAUAUUUCGGAUUAGGAAUGCCUGAAGGACCCCUGGCGGGAAGACUCCCCAAAUCCUGAAUAUCUAUCUAUAGAAUCCCAUAGUAAUCCCGCUAUUUAUUAACAAACACAAACAAUGUAGGUACACAAAACAUAUAUGUCCAAUACAUUAAACCCAAACUAAUAAUAAUAACUAAUUCUUCCCAAUUAAAUUACCACAGAGGUUUAACAACACAGUGAACCACGAGGCUGCAUGGGAUUAUGCCCGAGCCUUAUUAUAAACAGAAAAAAAAAAAAAAAAAAAAGUUGUGAGAUAUAGUUUGAACGUUGUUAUAACCAGAGGACCGCAGUUUUGAGCUAACCGUAAAAAAAACGCAAAGAAAAUAAUUUUUGAAAGAAUUAUGUAACCUAACCUUUGAUUUGUCAGUUCACUCAGUUGGCCAAUCAAAUUGACCUAUACGAUUAUUAGGUUCACAGUGUUAUGUGCAAAUCAGUUUAUUUCACAACUAAUUAUCACGAACCAGCAAUCGGUGUUAGAUCAGGAAAGUGCAAGAUACGAGUCAGGAAGGUUCAGUGAACUAUUCAAACUUUAAAUUUACAGUUUGUUUCGUGUAGUGUUGCCGGUUAGUGACAAGUUCUAUGAAAUUUGAUGGUUACAAACUUUGACAACCUGGUAUAGCCUAUAAAGGUUCGCUUUGAGUAAUUCUUCACCGUUUUUCUGGAAUAUUACUUGUAGGUAUAUAAGUACAAUGAAAGAUUAUAAAGUAAAGAAUGUC